CCGGCAGGAAGCCGAGUACCAGCACUGGUGUGUCGUCUGCGUGGUGAUGGUGCUCGCCGCCGCCACCAGUGUCGGUGUUGGUGUACCGCUGGCGCUACAGGCGCGACGCAGCGCCAGCCUGGCGCAACGCCUCGAGCUGGUGACGUCACUGCUGCAACAGGUGCCGCUCAUAGACGGGCAUAACGACUUCCCGUGGAACCUGCGAAACUUUGUCCACAACGAGGUGGAGGAUUUUGACUUUGCGGCGGAUCUGCGUCAGGUGGCGCCGUGGAACAGCAGUCGAUGGUCACACACCGACCUGCCCCGGCUGAGGAGGGGGAUGGUCGGAGCACAGUUCUGGGCGGCGUACGUGCCCUGCGAGAGUCAGUGGAUGGACGCUGUACCGAUGAGCGUCGAACAGAUAGACGUGGUGAGACGACUGGUGGAAAAGUAUCCGCAGUAUCUCAGCCUAGCCACCAGCGUACAGGAGAUCGAGGAAUCACACAGUCGCGGUCGGAUCGCCAGUCUACUGGGAGUGGAGGGAGGUCACUCUCUGGGUGCCCGGCUGGCGGUGCUGCGGACCUUCUACCAGUCCGGGGUGCGGUAUCUGACGCUGACACACACCUGUGACACACCCUGGGCUACAUCAGCCUCCACAGAAACGGAGGAGCAAAAUGCGGGAAAAGGCCUGAAUGAUUUUGGAAGGGCGGUGGUUCUGGAGAUGAAUCGUCUGGGGAUGAUUGUCGACCUGAGUCACACCAGUCGCCAGACGACCCUGGACGCGCUGGAGGUGUCUCGCGCGCCCGUCAUCUUUUCACACUCGUCUGCGAGGGCGCUCUGCAAUACCACUCGCAACGUGCCCGACGAUGUACUCCGUCUGGUGGCCAGCCGCGGCGGUCUGGUGAUGGUGAACUUCUACUCGGAGUUUAUCGGCUGCGGACCAAACGCGACCCUGGUCAAUGUCAUAGAACACCUGAACUACAUCAGGGAGGUGGCGGGUAUCGACCAUGUCGGCCUCGGUGCCGGCUAUGACGGCAUCAACUGGACACCUGAGGGCCUGGAGGAUGUGUCCAAGUACCCGUAUCUGUUUGCUGAGCUGCUGUCCGACUCGACCUGGACGGAGGAAGACCUCAAGAAACUCGCCGGGCAGAAUUUCCUGAGGGUAUUCAGGAGCGUCGAGGAGGUGAGCCGUGAGCUGAGCAGUCGUCAGGCCACUCCCCGGGAGGACCGGAUCGACCCUCGUCAGUUGCUGUACACCAGCGCCGCCCGCUGCAGCUGGGAGCUGUCCGAGGCUCUCAGCCGACAGCAGCAGCUGCAGCUGCCGCAGCCAGAGGGGGAACCGGGGGAACAGGGGGAGUUGUGACAGCCGCCCGGCGAGCCAGCGUGUCUGACGGGGGAACAGGGAGGGAGAGAGGAGGGAACGGGGAGGGAAUGGGAGGGAAUCGAGAGGGAACGGGGAGGGAACGGUCUCUAGGGGAACGAAGACCGGCUGUGACCGACAGGGGUGGCGGAGUUGUGUCGACUGAUUGUUUCGACUGAUUGUUGAAACAAUUAUCUGUCGACUGAUCUGUCGACUGAUUAUUGUUCAGAUUGUACUGGAAUUGAGAAUGAAAGGGGUACAUCAGACAUGCUGAGGCUCAGUUCAAUGAUGCCAUCUUUUCUGGCGAGAAAGAUGGUUAGAGUGGGAGAAAGAGGAGGGCUAGAGGAGACCGCGGGAGAAUGUAGGUAUGUCUGUGUGCCUAUGCGUGAGUGUGACUGUGUGUGCACUUGUGCCAUAACUCAUGUGUCGUUUGCCAAGGUAGUCUUGGAAAACGUUUGAUUGUUCCGAAACUAUGGCUGUUGAUCGGUGGUCGUAACUGUUUCAUUAUUGUUACUCGAUUGGUGUCAAAUAGCUUAAGAGUUUGUAAAAAAUAUGUAGCUUAUUUCGCUGCGUUAUAUCAUUUUUUACGACCAGCCGAUGCCGAAUAAUCCAAGCACAUGCACACUGCACAGCUGUGCCCAGUACCCAAUGCCCAUAUCAUGCACACGUGUAAAAUAACACAUUGCAAGUGCACAAUAGGCAAUAUGUAUUAUGUACACAGUUACACACUAUUCGCAUAUUGCAACAAUUCAUUUUUAGCAUCGGCCGCAAUUCUUUUAAGGGUCCCUUUCACCAAUUUAGCUCAUUUUAAGACUGUUUGCUUGCACAUUCAUAUAUUCAGAAACUGGUAAUUUACAACAUGACAAGGAUUGCGGCCUUUUAAAUUGUCAUUCUCUGAGACGAAGCUAAGCUGAAACUUAUCCCAGAACGCAUUUUACCAUUCUGCAUAAUUUAACACCAGCCGCCUGAAACGUCGCGUCGAACCUAUCGGAAAGUUUCAGUGCACCAGAACUUGCCUCUGAAGGGUCCAACUCACCAGUCUUGUUUGAUGUGUAAUCUGGGCGCUUAAAGUUCCAUUCCUCAGUAAAUCCGGUCAGUUUUAGUUCUAAAGCCGUCUGUUUCCAGCUCCUUGCUAGCUGAGUGACCGAUUGAUUUCGAGCAAUCAGGCUAAAUCUGCCCGAAUUUUUUGCAUAUAUGACAGAUGUUCUUAUUUACGAUUGAAAAAUGAAAACUUUUUUUUUGAAAGGGGAGUAGACAAUACAAAAGAUUUCAGUAGAAAUGAACGACAAUUAUGAGGUUCUCUGUGGGACGCAGUUAUGAAUAUAUUUUAUAUGAAAGAUUAUUCCAGAAGAAGCAGAACACACCCUUGUACAAAGUCCUCAAAUGUAGCGUGAUGUAGUGACAGAACACGACAGUUUGUUCUUAAAUCGGUGUGUUGUCUCAGAAAUAUUAAAGACUUUGGUGAAAAUCAGGUUAUGUAUAAUUAAUUGUAAAUACUAUACGUAUGCGUUUUAGGCCCUGAUCACGUCUUUCAGCCGUUUCCUGCAUAUGGCUGAUUGUCCGGCAAGCUUAUGACUGUUCGACAUUUGUACUAUUUUUAUAAUGAAGGGAAAUAAAUAUUAAACGUUGUUUCGCUU